GCAGCAGACCAUCAUGGCGGCUCUCAAAAUAUGUCUGCUACCUGGAUUCCCGAGGGCGGGCAGGGCCGCUGCAGCCUCCGCCCUGCCAGCCACCGACGGGGCGAGGCGGCAGUGCUCUGGGACCGUCUCCAAGCCCCCCGUCGGGGGCAGCGGUGCCAAGUUGCCCAGCCUGCGGAAAGGAACGGGAGGGCGGAGCUCCUUCAAUGGCGUCGUCUGCACCGUCUUUGGGUCCAACGGCAGCCUGGGCACGUCCCUCAUCAACAGGCUCGGGAAGAUCGGCACUCAGCUGAUCCUGCCGUACAGAUGCGAGUUCUACUUCAUGCAAAGGCUCAAGCUCUGUGGAGACCUGGGACAGAUCCACUUUCAGCCAUUCAACCUCAAGGACGAGCUGAGCAUUGCCAAGGCGAUGAAGUACUCUAAUGUCGUCAUCAACCUCAUCGGAAAAGACACCGAGACCAGCAACUUCCCCUUCAGCGAGGUGCAUGUGAAGGGUGCCCAGACCAUUGCCCGCAUUGCCAGGGAGAGCGGAGUGCAGAAGCUCAUCCACUUCUCCGCGCUCAACGCCACCGAGAGUCCCCGGCCCAUCAUCAAGUUUGGGGGCUCCAAGUUCUACGCCAGCAAGUGGCUGGGUGAGCAGGUGGUACGAGAGGAAUUUCCGGACGCCAUCAUCUUCCGGCCGGCGGACAUGUACUCCCAUGAGGACCGCUUCAUCCGCUACUACGUCAGCCACAUUCGCAGGAACUACGUGUUGAUGCCACUCUGGAACAAAGGCAAUGGCAUUGUGAAGCAGCCCGUCUUCGCGUCGGACGUGGCGGAAGGCGUGGUGAACGCCAUCUUCGACGACAACAACGCCGGGGAAACAUACCAGGCUGUGGGGCCACGGCGCUACGAGCUGGGCGAGCUGGUCGACUACAUGUUCCGGGUGAUGCGGCGGGAGGACGGCUACGUCCGCUACGACAUGCGUUUCGACCUCCAGUUCCUGGCUCGAGUCCACUUGCUACAGUCGCUAUACCGGAAGUAUCCAGCACUGUCUUGGGAAAGGCUCGAAAGGGAACACACGACAGACGAGGUGUUCUACGAGCUCCCCACAUUGGAGGAUCUGAAAGUCAACCUGACGUAUGUCGAAGAUCGGUUCCCAUACGAACUGAAGUACUUCCGAGAUGCGGCCUACUACGACCCGGACAUUGCGCAGUUCGAGAAAGUGCGGCCGCCCCCCGUCAUCCUCGAAUGAACGGUCGUCGCCGGCAGGAUGGAAAAACUAUAGGAAUAUGUACGGCUGUAGAACGCGUUGUCACAUUAAAGGCUGCAGCGAAAUUUC